AUGUCAAUGGAAUUCGGACUAGUUUUCAUUCAAUUUGGUAUAAUAUUCUUAAUCAAUGACGUUGUUAAAAGUUCUUAUCAUGAAGAACAAUUAUAUAAAGAAUUAUUUCAAAAUUAUAAUCCAUUAAUACGACCUGUACGAAAAUUAGAAGAUACAAUAACUGUUUCAUUUAGUAUUGCUUUAUUACAAUUAAUUAGUGUAGUUGAAAAAGAACAAGUACUUAAAACAAAUGUUUGGUUACAAGUUAAAUGGCAUGAUUAUCAAAUGCAAUGGAAACGAGAAAAAUAUGGUGGAAUUCAUUCAAUACGUGUACCACCAAAUCAAGUUUGGACUCCAGAUAUUGUUUUAUUUAAUAAUGCUGAUGGAAGAUAUGAAGCAUCAUUUAAAUCUCAUGUUGUUGUUUAUUAUAAUGGUGAUAUGAAUUGGGUACCACCUGCUAUAUAUAAAUCAAGUUGUUAUAUUGAUGUUAAAUUUUUUCCUUUUGAUCAACAAAUAUGUGAAUUACGUUUUGGUUCUUGGACAUAUAAUCAACAUCAAUUAAAUUUUACAUAUUAUGAUGAAAAAGAACGAAAUGUUACAAUAAAAGAUUAUGUUGUUAGUGGUUCAUGGGAUCUUUUAGAUGGACCUAUGUCAAUUCAACAUCCAUCAGAUGAAGCUAAUCGUAUAUAUGAAAAAAGUUAUAGACAUGAUCGUGUUGAAUUUGUAUGUAAACUUGUUAUAAGACGUAAAACACUUUUUUAUACAGUUAAUUUAAUCAUCCCAACGAUGCUUAUAUCAUUUUUAUCAAUAUUUGUUUUUUAUUUACCAACUGAUGCAGGUGAAAAAAUGACAUUAUCUAUAUCAAUUCUAUUAGCAUUAGUAGUUUUUUUAUUACUUAUAUCAAAAAUUUUACCACCAACAUCAACAGUUAUACCAUUAAUAGCUAAAUAUCUUUUAUUUACAUUUAUUAUGAAUAUAAUAACAAUUUUUUGUACAGUUCUUAUUAUUAAUUAUAAUUAUCGAACACCACGUACAAAUAAAAUGCCCUAUUGGAUGAAACGUCUUUUUAUUGAUAUAUUACCACGAAUACUACGUAUGGAACGACCACAUAAAUAUGAACGUGAUAAUGAUGAUGAAAUGAUUGAACCAACAAUAAUGAAUUCAAUACGUGCAUCACGUGUUAUAUCAAUACCAACACCAAUUACAAAUAGUCAACAAUCAUUAACAAUAACAGAUAAUAAUAAUGAAGAAGAAAAUCAAAUGGAUUUUUUUCUAACAAAAGAAGUUUAUGAAGCUGUUGAAGAUCUUAGUUUUAUUGCAAAUCAAAUGAGAUCAGCAACUCAUUAUGAAGAAAUUCGUGAUGAUUGGAAAUAUAUUGCAACUGUGAUCGAUCGAUUACAAUUAUAUAUAUUUUUUGCAGUUACAACAUUUGGUACAUUAUCUAUAUUAUUUAAUGCACCAUAUAUUUUAAAUGUAGUCGAUCAAACUGCUAUAUUAAAAAAUUGGGAUCCUACAUUUGGAGUGAAUAUACAAGAAGAAAAUUUAAUGAAUAUUUUAUUUGGUAGACAAUCUCAAUAUAAUCCACUUAUAACACCUAUUUAUAAUUCAAGUGAACCAUUAGAUGUUUAUUUUGGUUUAACAUUAGCACAAAUAAUAAAUGUUUAUGAAAAAGAACAAAUUGUUAAAGUUAAUGUAUGGUUACAACUUCGUUGGUAUGAUUAUCAAAUGAAAUGGAAUCCUGAUCGAUUUGGUCGUCUUGAUAGUAUUCGUGUACCACCAGGACAAGUUUGGACACCAGAUUUAGUUUUGUUUAAUAAUGGCGAUGGUAAUUAUGAAGUAAGUUAUAAAUCGAAUACGGUCAUUUCUUCAGAUGGACAUAUUCAAUGGAUACCACCAGCAAUUUAUAAAUUGACUUGUACAAUCAAUGUAGAAUAUUUUCCAUUUGAUGAACAAAAAUGUGAAUUAAGAUUUGGUACUAGUGGUCGUAGUGCUUCUCAAGUUCGUUUUGGUUGGUAUGCAACUGCGAAUUCAAUGGAAUUAUCUGAUUAUGUUCCAUCGGGUAUAUGGACAUUAAUUGAUGCUCCAGCUGAAAUUCGUACUAUUCAAUCAUCUGAAUCACCAUAUGAAACUCGAUCUGAAAUGGUGUUUUUUAUGAUUAUUCGACGUAAAUCUUUAUUUUAUACAAUAAAUUUAAUUUUACCAACAAUGAUGAUUUCUCUUUUAAGUAUAACAUUAUUUUGUUUACCAAGUGAUGCAGCAGAAAAAAUGAUGCUUUGUACAUCAAUACUUGUUUCAUUAGUAUUUUUUAUGUUACUUAUAUCAAAAAUUCUUCCAUCAACAUCAUUAAGUAUUCCAUUAAUAUCAAAAUAUUUAAUGUUUACAUUUAUAAUGAAUUUAUUAACAGUAUUUUUAUCUGUUUUAUCAUUAUAUUUAAAUCAUCAUCGUACAUCAAUAUUAACACCUGUACCAUAUUGGAUGAAAAUAAUUUUUUUACAUGCAUUACCAACAUGUUUAUUUUUAAAUAAACCAUAUGAUAAUAUACAUAUACGUCAAAAACGUAUAUUAUCUAUAAAUUCUCCAAUAUUAAUACGAAAAAUGAGAAAUCAUCAAAUUGAUUUAUCUAAUGAAAUGAAUUAUUUAAUUGAACAAUUUUUAGAAGUAUCAAAUGAUAUUAAAUAUUUAUCGAAAAAAAUUCAAGGUGAUACAGAAGAAAUGAAAGUUUAUAAUGAUUGGAAAUAUAUUUCACUUGUAUUAGAUCGUAUUCAUUUAUUUAUUUUUCUUAUUAUUACAUCUAUUGGUACAAUAUCUAUGCUUUUACAAAUACCAAAAUUAUUUGAACCACAUCGAGAUUCAUUAUUAACAUCACAAUCAACAACAUAA